AAACCGUUAGUGAUAUCUUACCGGAUCGACACACCAGCAUGCAAGAUUCCAGAAUUCUCACCCUUCGACUUCAGCGUUGUCAACUUAUACGAGAGGCAGGAAGAGCCAUCUUGCGCCGAAGCUCCUUCUUUUCUCAAAUGGACAUCGUAUAACAUUCUGAAUAUAGACGAGAAAAUCGUGUCCCGCCAUUACGCAGGAAUCGACCCUUCUGUGAUCAAAUGUUUUUUCCGGGAAAUUUACCGCGAUGAGACCUCGGAGCAGCCUGACAAAAAAGUGUUUUUCAGACCACGGCAAGAACUCGUCUUAGGGGAAGAGAUUACCUCGGAAUUUAUACUCGUGGAUUGUCUCUACAAAUCCUGGACCGUCCUGGAGCAGUACAUGCUUGUUCCAGUGAUGAAGGAAAAUGUCGAACGCAGAGCUCAAACAAUUCUCGACAAGACCGCGGCAGUCGACCGGACCAAUGUGCUGGUCCUCGGCGUCGAUUCGGUUUCCUACCUCAACGCUUACCGACAUCUUCGCAACAGUUUGGCAUACGUUCGGACCGAACUGCAAGCGGUCGAGCUUCGAGGUUACGUCAAAGUCGGGGACAAUUCUUUCCCGAAUCAGAAUCCGCUCAUCGAUGGAAUGAACGAGACCGAGGCUAUGGGAUAUAGCGACAGAGGCUUUUUCGACCGGAUCGUCGAUCGGAUGAUCUGGAGCGAAUUCAUGGACGUUGGGUAUCGUUCGCUGUUCCUCGAGGAGAGUCCGUCUUUUGGGUUGUACCAUUACCAUCUGAAAGGUUUCAAAAGAACACCGGCCGACUACUACACGUACCCACUACUGAAGUCCUUGGAGAAGUCUCCCUUGCGGUUUGUCACAGGAGGAUUCGUACCCUGUCAUGCGGGAUCCACCACGACGGAAAUGUAUCUUGAUUACAUAAAUCGCUUCGCCGUGAUGUUGUCAUCGCGCCAAUCGAAUUUUUUCGCCUACGUCUGGCUCUCAGAUAUCCCCCAUGAUAAGAUGAACGCCGUCGGGAAUAUGGACAGCAUCCUCACCCGUCACAUAAAGACCCUCGCUCGGGAUGGGGUCCUCAACAACACCGCUCUAGUAUUCCUGAGCGACCACGGAAUCCGUUUCGACACGAUUCGCACGACGACGAUUGGAAAGUACGAGGAUCGAAUGCCAUUCGCGUUCGUGGCCAUGCCUCGCCGUUUCUGUGAAUCUCAUCCCAAGGAAUGUGGGCGUCUAGAGAGCAACGCUCUCCGUCUGACCACUCACUAUGAUGUACACGCAGCUCUGAGAGACCUCAUCCAGAUAGAAGGUCCAGUGCCUGGACGCAGGGCGAUCAAAACCAAUCGGGGCGUGAGCCUCUUCUCGGAAAUCCCCUUCAACAGAACUUGUUCAGACGCGUCCAUAGACCCGAUGUGGUGUACAUGCGCGGUCGAUACUGCAGCCGGGAGUAAAACCGGAGAGCUGCCGGCCGUCAGUGGCCUAGCGCAUCGACUUGCGAUCGCGCUCGAGAAGCGCUUGAACUCGAUCGUCGACAAGCGCCUCUGUCACACACACGCUCUCUCGAAGGUCUUAGAAGUUCAACGCGUCCAAGGUCCGAACGAGCCCGCGGACCAGUAUUUUUGGGUAACAGCAUCUUUUUCGCCCGGUAAUUCAAUUUUCGAGGCAACGGUGGUCCUUUUCAAGAAUGGAUCCAUCUCGGCUGGAAAAAGCAUUUCGCGUUGCAACAUGUACUGGGGCACCGCGUGGUGUGUGGCCGAUCAUUGGAUGGAGAAAUUCUGCCACUGCAAAAGUUGGUACACCUCGUUCUAUUUCCUUCUGAUGGGCGGGUGAAACCGAUGCCAAACAGACGCGAUCGACUCCCAGUGGCCGAUUGCCGCACGUUCUCGGGAAUUAUUACCUUGUGAUGGCCGACCCGAAGUCCAAGUGUGCCACAAAUCUAAUUGGGAGCCCGAGCUCCAGACCAGGGAUCGACAGUCUCGGUGCGCCCUUUUUCUUGCCCGAGCCCGGCAGAGUUAGGGUGAGGGCUCCUAGAGAGGCGUAUGUCGUCGUCCGUAAUUACCCUAUUUCCCCUUCGCUGAAGCGUCUUCAAGGCGGUCGAACCCCCAGAUACUGAAUAAUUUUUGGUACUUAUCCGUUUGGUCU